AUGUCAAAGCAUAUUGUCUUUUUACAUCCAGAUCUUGGUAUAGGUGGUGCAGAACGACUCAUCGUAGACUCAGCAGUUGCUCUGGAAUCAUGUGGUUAUGAUAUUACUAUUAUAACUAAUCAUCAUGAUCCGAAUCAUUGUUUCGAGGAAACUCAACGAUCCAGUCUAAAUAUAACAGUUGUUGGGGAUUGGUUCCCCCGAUCUAUAUUUGGUUAUAUGAUGGCAUUAUGCGCUUAUAUUCGUAUACUGAUCGCAACAAUCUAUUUAAUAUUAUUCUAUGAAAAGAAAGCAGAUAUCACAUUUGUAGAUCAAAUAUCAGCACCUGUUAUACUAUUACGUGCUUUUGGAUAUCGAACAAUAUUUUAUUGUCAUUUCCCAGAUAUGUUAUUAACAAAGAAGGGUUCAUUUUUGAAGAAGCUUUAUAGGAUGCCUAUUGAUUAUAUUGAACAAGUAUCAACUGGAAUGGCUGAUGUAAUUCUAGUUAACAGCAAGUUUACUUCCAGCGUUUUCAAAGAAACCUUCACCUCACUUGACCAUGUACAUCCACGUAUCUUAUAUCCUAUUGCAAAUGCUAAAAGUUUACGCCUACCUGUGAUAGCAAAAUCUAAAGACAAAUUAACUGCCAAGUAUGAAUACCGUAAAAUGUUGCCGACAGCAGCAGGAGAAGCAGAAAUUAUACCUGAAAAGGCAAAAGUAGUCUUCUUGUCAAUCAACAGAUAUGAACGGAAGAAAAAUCUUUCAUUGGCCCUGUACAGUCUUGAAUACCUUUUCACACAUUGGGAUCAAUUGGUAGAUCCAUCAGUAGAAUUGAAACGAGAAAAUAUUCACUUAAUCAUAGCUGGUGGUUAUGAUUAUCGUGUAGUUGAAAAUGUAGAACACUACAAAGAACUGGUCAACUUAGCAGAAACACUAAAGAUCUCUGAUCGUGUGACUUUUAUGUGUUCGUGUUCAUCCGAGAUGAAACCACUUUUAAUUGCAUCCAGUGAUGCAGUAAUCUAUACACCGGAUAAAGAACAUUUUGGAAUUGUACCUAUUGAAGCAAUGUUAUUAUCUCGUGCAGUGAUUGCAUUGAAUUCAGGUGGUCCUAAAGAAACAAUUCUACAUGAACAUUCUGGUUAUUUGUGUACAGUAGAGCCAACAGACCAGUUACCAGAAAUUAUGGCCACCUAUUUAUCCAAGUUUAUUAAUGAUCCCCAACUAGCAGAUCGUAUGGGAGAAGCAGGCUGUAAGCGGGUUGGUGAGAAAUUCUCGUCUGCUAGUUUUAAACAGGAACUUCAAUCUAUUGUAUCUGAUUUAACGAAGUAG